AUGGCCAAUACUUGCCAAAAUACUUGUCAAAAAUAUAAUACUGGGCGCAUCAAAAAGGGCGUCCGUUCAUUUUCAAAAUCUAUCAAUAUGUCUCUUAUUGCUCGAAUGGCUUUUGAAGCAGAAGAUUUUAACGGA